AUGUCAACAGCCCUUGGUCGCAUGCCGACGCAACCCCCCUGCCAACCCCGUAACAGGGUGGUCUACAUCAAGACGCACAAAACCGGUUCCACAACAUUGUGUUCAAUCUUCGAUCGCUACGCCUUCGACAGAAACCUAACCGUCCUCGUGCCAAAGAGUUCGCACUUCGUGAACUGCAAGCUCCUAUUCACCGCCAAGAAUAUCGCUGUAGACAAAGUAGGCCCCAACAAAACUCGGAAGGGCAACUGGACUUUUGAAACGGGAUAUGAUAUGUUAACCAAUCACGCUCGACUCAACAAAAAAGAGAUGGACAAAGUGUUCCACAAUGCCAGCUACGUGACUAUUAUCCGGGAGCCAGCGGCCCAGUGGCAGUCGGCAUUUAAUUACUUCGAGGUUUGGAAAUCUUUGCCCAAGUCUACAGCACCCAUGGACCUCUUCCUCUCCGAGCCGAAAAAGUAUUUCUCUCACGUUAUGGGUAAGAAACAAUACUACAAAUUUAGCAUGCACAACCAGCAACUUUUUGACUUUGGUAUGGAACAUAACGACACCGACGACGAAGAGAAAGUCAUGAAUAAAAUCAAAGAGCUCGAUUCCGUGUUCGAUCUCGUCAUGAUCACGGAGUACUUCGAAGAAUCUCUGCUCUUGCUUCGUAAACUAUUAUGCUGGAGCAUGGAUGAUUUGAUUUAUCUGAAGCACGGAGUUCGCUCUUCGAAAUAUAAGCAGAAAGACAACUUCACGUUGGCUGAUAAGAUAAGCGAGUGGAACAAGUCAGAUCUUUUGCUCUACUCUCAUUUUAACGAAACAUUUUGGCAAAAGGUCCAAGAAUACGGACCGUCAUUUUCUCAGGACUUGGCAACUCUGAAAAAUAUGCUCUCGAAUGUUUCUGAUACGUGUCUGAAUAAAACACUUGUUAAGAAAGUUGACCGCAGAUCAGACACAUUUGCCAUGAAUGUGAACGCGCCUGAGAUCUGUGAUCAGCUUACUUGGGGAGAUCCAAAAUACACGAACAUGUUCAGACGCAGGAUGGCCCAUCUUAAUGUACCUUCAUAUAACCGGAGACGAGAUUCAUGUUAUUGA